CCCGGCGCGGCUCGGCCCGGCCGCCGGUGCGCGGCUCCUGGAGCGCCCCGGGCCCGGCCCGGGCGGCGGCGGCGGCUCCAGCCCGAGGCCUCGGUGGCACCCGCGCGCCGCGCCGCAGCCAUGGCCCUGGUGACCCUGCAGCGCUCGCCGACGCCCAGCGCCGCCUCCUCCGCCAGCAACAGCGAGUUGGAGGCUGGCAGCGAUGAAGAUCGGAAGUUAAACCUCAGCUUAAGUGAGAGCUUUUUCAUGGUGAAAGGAGCGGCCCUCUUCUUGCAACAGGGAAGCAGCCCUCAAGGCCAGCGAAGCCUGCAGCACCCCCACAAGCACGCGGGUGACUUGCCCCAACAUCUGCAAGUGAUGAUCAACCUUCUGCGUUGUGAAGAUAGAAUCAAGCUGGCCGUGCGCCUGGAGAGCGCCUGGGCGGAGCGGGUCCGGUACAUGGUGGUGGUGGACAGCAGCGGGCGCCAGGACACAGAGGAGAGCAUCUUGCUGGGCGUCGACUUUUCCAGUAAGGAGAGCAAAAGCUGCACCAUUGGGAUGGUUCUCCGGCUGUGGAGCGACACGAAGAUCCACCUCGAUGGCGACGGUGGCUUCAGCGUCAGCACAGCAGGAAGGAUGCACGUCUUCAAGCCCGUAUCUGUCCAGGCCAUGUGGUCCGCCCUGCAGGUCCUUCACAAGGCCUGCGAAGUGGCACGAAGGCACAACUACUUCCCCGGGGGCGUGGCUCUCCUCUGGGCCACCUACUACGAGAGCUGCAUCGGCUCCGAGCAGAGCUGCAUCAACGAGUGGAACGCCAUGCAGGACCUGGAGUCCACGCGGCCCGACUCCCCGGCCCUGUUUGUCGACAAGCCAACGGAAGGGGCGAGGACCGAGCGCCUCAUCAAAGCCAAGCUCCGCAGCAUCAUGAUGAGCCAGGACCUAGAGAACGUGACCUCCAAAGAGAUCCGGAACGAAUUGGAGAAACAGAUGAACUGUAACUUGAAAGAAUUCAAGGAAUUCAUAGACAACGAGAUGCUCCUUAUCCUGGGACAGAUGGACAAGCCCUCCCUCAUCUUCGAUCACCUUUAUCUCGGCUCUGAAUGGAAUGCAUCCAAUCUGGAGGAGCUGCAGGGCUCAGGUGUUGACUACAUCUUAAAUGUCACUAGAGAAAUAGAUAAUUUCUUCCCUGGCUUAUUUGCAUAUCACAACAUCCGAGUCUAUGAUGAAGAGACAACAGACCUUCUUGCCCACUGGAACGAGGCGUACCACUUUAUAAACAAAGCAAAGAGGAACCACUCCAAAUGCCUGGUACAUUGCAAAAUGGGUGUCAGCCGCUCCGCUUCCACGGUCAUCGCUUAUGCGAUGAAGGAAUUCGGCUGGCCCCUGGAGAAGGCCUACAACUAUGUGAAGCAGAAGCGCAGCAUCACGCGCCCCAACGCUGGCUUCAUGAGGCAGCUGUCUGAGUAUGAAGGCAUCUUGGACGCGAGCAAACAAAGGCACAACAAGCUCUGGCGCCAGCAGACUGAGAGCCGCCUCCAGCAGCCCGUGGGUGACCUCGCGGGGUCCGGGGACUUCUUGCCAGAGACCCUGGAUGACACCCGGGAAGCCCGGCUGUCCUGCUUGGACGAUGCUGCCCAGCCUGGGUUCCCAGGAGGAGGAGGACCCUCUCUCUCCUGCUGUUUCCGACGGCUCUCAGACCCCCUCCUGCAUUCCCCCAGCGACGAAACCGGCGGCCUGGUCCAGCUGGAGGAUCUGGAGAAGGAUGCUCUGUUGGAGGAAGCAGCUCAGCCUCCAGCAGCGCCCAAGCCAGCCAGACCUCCCCAGGAAGGCCCCGGGCCCUGUGAGAAGGAGGUGAAGAAGAAACCGGAGUUCGGGAGCCCGAAAGCCCACAGUGGCCCCUUGCCGGCAGUGGAGGAGAUGGAGAGGGAGGAGGCUCCCGGAGCAGGGCGGUGGGGGAGGUCCCCAGCCCAGCUGGAUAAGAGCCUGCUCAACCGGGAAAACCUAAAUAAUAACAAUAGCAAGAGGAGCUGUCCGGACGACUUUGAGCACGAUGCUCUAUUUGGGAUCCUCAACAAAGUGAAGCCUUCCUACAAGUCCUGUGCCGACUGCAUGUACCCCACAGCCAGCAGGGCUCCCGAGGCCUUCGGGGAGCGGCGCGAGACCCCUGGAGCCCCCGCCAUCUGCACCCAGCCAACCUUCCUGCCCCACCUCACGUCCUCCCCGGUGGCCUACACAGCCAGCCGGUCCCGAGCCCUGGAGAAGCUGGCCUCCGGCCCCCCCGAAACUCCCCCACUCCUGCCACCAGCAGGCCCGAGGAGGCCGGACCCUGGGGGCUCUGGGCCCAGGGCUGCCCCAGAGCCGCCAGCUAGCCUUUUGGAACCUUCCAGAGAGACCCCCAAAGUCCUGCCAAAGGCCCUCCUUUUGAAGAAUUCUCACUGUGAUAAGAACCCUCCCGGCAUGGAAGUGGUGAAGGAGGAAUCGCCACCCAAGAAAGACGCGAAGCCGGCCAAGGACCUGCGGCUGCUGUUCAGUCAGGAAGCCGAGAAGCCCAGCGCGCACAGCUACCUGAUGCAGCACCAGGAGUCCAUCCUCCAGCUGCAGAAGGCGGGCCUGGUCCGCAAGCACACCAAAGAGCUGGAGCGGCUGAAGGGCGCGCCCGCAGACCCGGCGGCCCCCCUCAGGGACGGCCCUGCCGGCCGGCUGGAGGCCAGCAUCCCCGAGGAGAGCCCCGACCUGGCUCCCGACCUGCCGCCGCCGGGGGCGAGUGACGAGAAGCCGGAGGCCACCCCCAUCCCGCUGGAGGGAGCCUCGCUGAAGAGCCCCUCUCCCUUCCUCUGCCGCCUGGACCACACCAGCCACUUCUCGAAAGACUUCCUGAAGACCAUCUGCUACACGCCCACCUCGUCCUCCAUGAGCUCCAACCUGACCCGGAGCUCCAGCAGCGACAGCAUCCACAGCGUCCGCGGGAAGCCGGGGCUGGUGAAGCAGCGGACGCAGGAGAUCGAGACGCGGCUCCGGCUGGCGGGCCUCACCGUCUCGUCCCCGCUCAAGCGCUCGCACUCUCUUGCCAAGCUCGGAAGUCUUGACUUCUCCACGGAAGACCUGACCAGUGAGGCUGACCUGUCCACCAUCGCCGACUCCCAGGACGCCAAGUCGAGCGAGGCCUCCUUCUUGCACGAGCCCCAGGCCACCCCGCGGAACCCAGCCGCCCCCUCUAAACCAUCAGGGAAACCCUCCCCAGAAAACUUGAAAAGCUCCUCGUGGCUGAGCAAAAGCUGACCCGCCACCAGCUGAUCACAUGACCCCUCCCUGAGUCUCACCACGGGUUUCGGUCAGCCCCUCGCGUCUCUCAAUUUCCCUCAAACUGUGGCGUUUAAGAACUCGCAGCCAGGAGGAAAGGGGAGUGUCUGUUGUGUGGCCAGCAGACUCUGAGCCCGAGUCAUGCGUUUUCCAGGAGAGUCGUGUCUGCAGGGCAUGUACAGAUGCGCACACACGUCCAAGUACGCUGUUUGCAACAGGCACAGAACAGCUGUGGCGGCGGCCCCGUCGCCAGCCACAUGGUCCUAGCUCGUUCAGCCCGCGUGGGAAAAGUCUUGGAUGGCAAUAUAAGUCCUACCUCUGUUCUUGCUGUGCUUUUUAUGUUUAAAAUACAGUGAUGCCCAAGGCUCAUUCCAGGGAAUACUGCUGUGUCAGAAAAAGGGUUCCCAAGGGGGAAUUUUGUUGUUGAAAAAGGUGUUAGGAUUUCUAACAUGACCUCACCGGGCCCUGCGAGGGAAAGGGACGCGAAGGUGUGGGAGGCUGUUGUGGAACCAGCUCUGUGGGGCGUGGUCCUCUGUGCUGCCGACUCCUCGGUCCUGGCGUGUUGUUACUGCCGAGCCAUGUGCGUCUGGCCCGCGCUGGGGUCCGGUGGGGAAACGUGUGUGAUGUCCUCAGUUGUUGCUUGUGGUGGAUUUCAAAUUGCCCCCCAUCUGGGGAGACGGACCCAGCAGCGCUGUUGGUCUCCUCUGCUGUUGAGCCCCCGUGGCAGGGAAGAGGGGUUGACGGUGUCUGGGGGUCCGGGGUCCUGAGAUGCAGGCUGUCCUGCCAGGGACCCGGCACUCAGGUUCACUCAUUGUCACAUCUGCUCAUGUUUGGGGGGAGAAAGAAGACCCAGUAGUGAGAAACGAUCGGUUCCUCCCUAAGGGCAGCUUCUGUGAAAGAAACGCAGCUGUUGAAUAGCUUCCCCAUGUUUACAGUUGCCCCUUCGCUUCCCUCUGGUGGCUCCCAGCGGGUGGACGGGGCGCGGGAGGGCCUGCAGUCCCAGCCGGGUGAGCUGGGUGCCUCAUGCUGCCGCAGCUCUGAGCUCGAGUGGAGGGUCGUCUGGUGUCGGUCAGCACGACAUCGGGAUGUUAAAAUAUUUUGAGAAGAGAGAAGGGGCUUGAUUAGAAAGGUUGAAUUCAGGGGUCAGCAAACUGUGGUAUAUGGUCCCAUGAGCUAAGAAUGGUUUUUCAUCCUUUUCAGGGGUUAUAAAAAAAAAAAAAAUUAACUCAUAGGCAACAGAGACCACGUAGCCUGCAAAGCCAAGAUGUUCAUUAGCAGGCCUGUGCAUAAAAAGUUUGCUGACCCCUGGGUUUAUUGGACAGCAGAGGGCUACCCAGGGCCCUCUUGGGAGAAACUGGGCACAUGUGAAACCUUCCGGGCCUCAUAACGCCUCAGGCCAAAUCCUUCUCCCAGCCCAGACCUUGCAGCCCACCCCGAGGGCGUCUCCUACAGGCGGGUGGCUGUGUGUGGGUGGGACACUCCUGGCUGGUCAGCCAGGUUAAUUCAGUGAAGCUAGAAAGCCCUCAAGGACCAGCCAGAUUCUCAAAGUGGGUGAAUGAGUUGCCACCGGACAUUGGUCAGACUGGGACCCCCGACAGCCACCAUUCUAGAAGCACCAGGCAGGGUCUUCGGGAACCAGGCUCGUCCAUAUUUCAACUAAUGCGAGAGUUUGGUUUUUAGUUGUUUGCAAAAACCCUCUCUCCAGGAACUUUUUCUCCCUGACCAUAUCCUUUUAAUUUUUAAAAAUAUAUGUUAUUUUACUUUAUAGGAAUUUAUUUUUCCCACCACCAUUCACUGAAAUCACCUUUAAAGGGGAUUAUUCACUUUUCCCAAAAACCCUGUUAGGUCUUUUUUUUCUCUCUCUCUCUCAGCCAACAAAAGCAUAUUCUCAAAAAAAGA